CUCUCUUUCUGUUCUUUAUUUGGGUUUGAUUUAACGCAAAAGACAGCACCAUUCACGGUUCAUCCCCUCUUCCCUUCUCUUGCAAACUCCAAGAAACAGAAACAGUACUAAUUAUAGGCUUAUCUUUUCUAUCUCUAUGACCAUUUCACAUGGACUCAAAACCAGCAUCUCAAAGAAGAGAAUACUUUCCCACUACGCAAUAAACAACGUCCUCAACUUCACAUCUCCACUUUUGCACCUCUUUAGCACACUCUCAUCAUCUUGCUCUGUUUUCUUCUUUGUGGGUUUUCUAUGACUGACGGGGACAGAAACAGAGCCAAUGGUGGUGGCAGGGGCAGCCGCGAGAUGAUUGUUGGUUCUUUCACGACGUUCUUGAAUGGCUGGCUUGGGAGGCAGCAGCAAUACCUUGAUGAGCUCCUGUCUGCUGAACAAUGUACUUAUGACCCUCCUUAUGACAAUCUCAAGGACCUUAUCUGCCGCGUCCUCGCUCAUUAUCAGCAGUACUAUGAAGAAAAAUCUCGGAUGGUGCAACGAGAUGUGUUCCUUGUCUUUUGUCCGACGUGGUUCUCUUCUUUUGAGCGUUCCUUGCUUUGGAUCGCUGGGUUCAGGCCGGCGCUGGCAUUCAGGCUUGUGUCUGACAAUGUCUUUGAUCUGUCUCAAGAGCAGAGUGAGUGCAUGCAGAGGUUGAUUGUGGAGACGAGAAAGGAAGAAAAGAUCCUGAAUGAUGAAUUGGCAAGGAUUCAGGAGAGCAUGGCAGGGCCGCCUCUGCUGGAGAUUGCAAGACAGCGGGCGCAGGCUGUGCGGCUAGGUGAGAGGGAAAUUGCAGAAGAGGCAGCCAGUCUAGACACGUUGAGGAAGGCAAUGGAGGAGGUGGUGGCGAGCGCAGAUAUGCUGAGGAUAACAACAACGGCCCGAGUGGUGGGUAUAUUAAACCCAGUGCAGAAAGCGAGAUUCUUGACUGCAGCAGGACAGCUGCUGCUGGCGGUUAGGAGAAUGGGGUCGCAAAAGGAUGGUGAGAAGUAAUCAGGCAACUGAAACAAUGAUCAUUAUAUAAUUAGCAUAAUAUCCUACAUUAGUUUAAGGAAUUUUUUGGAAAUUUGGAACAUAUAACGGCUAUUACUGAGUGUAUUAGUCCAUGGCAGGUAGCUCUAGAUGCCUGCCCUUUUGUAUUACAU